GAAAACCAAAUUUUGUGACUACGAUUAAGCUCACCUACACUAUCUUCUCUCCUAAGAAGAGUGGCGCCGGGGAUCGGCGCGUUUCGCUCCUUUCGUUACCCUCCCCGCCGUCCCCUGUACGGAGGGUACAGUCUAAAGUUUGAGCACCGGUGGGCGGAGCUCUGGAGGCAGCGGGAACUGCCAUUGGUGGCUUUGAAAGCGCAGCGAGCGGCAACAGCUGCUGAGGUGUGAGGCGGCUGGAGAUGUGGGCCGUGCCAAAGAGAUGGAUGAGACUGUUGCCGAGUUUAUCAAGAGGACCAUCUUGAAAAUCCCCAUGACUGAAAUGAUGACAAUCCUAAAAGCCUGGGAUUUUUUGUCUGAAAAUCAACUGCAGACCAUAAACUUCCGACAGAGAAAGGAGCCUCUUGUUCAGGACUUGAUUCUGCUUUGUGAGGAGAAGCAUGCAACUGUCAAUGAUGCAGCCCUUUUAGACAUCAUUUAUACUCAGGCUCACCGGCACCAGAAAAUUUGGGAUGUGUUUCACAUGAGUAAAGGACAAGGUGAAGACAUUGACCUUUUUGAUAUGAAACAAUUUAAAAGUUCAUUUAAGAAGAUUCUUCAGAGAGCAUUAAAAAACGUGAUGGUCAGCUUCAGAGAUGCUGAGGAGAAUGCAGUGUGGAUUCGAAUUGCCUGGGGAACCCAUUACACAAAACCAAACCAGUACAAAGCGACUUACGUGGUGUAUUACCCCCAGACUCCAUAUGCCUUCACUUCUUUCUCCAGGAUAAAGAACAAUAUACCCCUGCUGGGCCAGGCAUUGACAAUUGCUAGCAAACACCAUCAGAUUGUGAAAAUGGACCUCAGAAGCCGAUAUCUGGACUCUCUCAAGGCUAUUGUUUUUAAACAGUAUAAUCAGGCCUUUGAAACUUACAACUCUGCCACACCUCUACAGGAAAGAAGCCUUGGGCUAGAUAUAAAUAUGGAUUCAAGGAUCAUUCACGAGAACAAAAUAGAAAAAGAAAGAGUUCAAAGAGUGACCCAAGAAACUUUUGGAAACUAUCCUCAGCCAAGACUAGAAUUUGCACAAUAUAAGCUUGAAACAAAGUUCAAAAGUGACUUAAACAGGGGCAUCUUGGCUGAAAGGGAAGAACCCCUUCGGUGCCUAAUAAAGUUCUCUAGUCCACAUCUUUUGGAAGCAUUGAAAUCCUUAGCUCCAGCGGGUAUUGCAGAUGCACCACUUUCUCCGUUGCUCACCUGCAUACCCAACAAGGGAAUGAAUUAUUUUAAAAUUAGAGAUAAAUAACAUUUAUGCAGAUUUGUAAGCACAGCAGCUCCCUGACUAUAUUGCAGAUGCAUUUAAACUAAUGGCUAGCUGGGUUACUUCUGCCUAUAAACUUACAUUUUAGAAAUUAAUCCUUUGUAUUGAAAAUUUAGAAAUGCUAAUAUAAUUGUUGGGACUGAUUCUUUCCUCCUCCACUGCGUGCCUCCUCCCCACCUCAGUAUCUUGCAAAGUAUAGCAAAUGUGGGCAUUUGUGAUGGACAGGGUAAAUAUAUGGCUCCAGGCUUGACCUUUGAUGCCCGAAUGCUCCAAAAUCAUGUGUUUGGCACAGUGGUUGAGACUGUAGGGCAUCAGCCCUAGUGCCCUUUUCUGCUUCCGCUCUCCUCAGUCCUGGGGUGGUCUGGUUCAAUUGCUGAUUUCCAGGGAUUUUCUCUGGAGUCUUGGAUCACAGAAAGAAGCACUAAGAAACCAUACCUAACUCAAUCAAAAUCGGUCCAUUCAGAGGGUAGAGUUGGAUCCAUUAAAUUAUUAUUGCAGGAGGUCACACAUCAGUUGAUUCCGUUAUGUAAAAAUAAUGGUUUCAUUGUAAAUAUACUUUUCAUCAUGUUUUAUCACAAAUAUAGCAUUCAAACUGACCAAUAUUAUACUGAUUUGUGAAUAAAGAUAUUUAA